AUUUUACAGUAGGAGGAUGAUGAUGAUGAUGAAUGUCCUCUCCGCGUUGCUGCUGCUCUUCAUUCACUGUCAGCUGUGCUGGUCUGCGGACUUCCAGCUCACUUUGCUGCACACCAAUGACGUGCACGCGCGAGUGGAGGAGACCAACAAGGACUCGGGCAAAUGCAGCAAGCCGCCGUGUUUCGCCGGAGUGUCGCGGAGAUCCACCAAAAUCAAAGAAAUCCGCAGCAAGGAGAAAAACGUGCUGCUGCUGGACGCAGGAGACCAGUUCCAGGGCACCGUCUGGUUUAACUAUUACAAGGGCGCUGAGGCGGCGUAUUUCAUGAACCAGCUCAAAUACGACGCGAUGGCUUUAGGAAACCAUGAGUUUGACAACGGCGUGGACGGCCUGCUGAAACCUUUCCUUCAGGAGGUGAACUGCACUGUUCUCAGCGCCAACAUCAAAGCUGAUGAGACACUUGCUCCUCGGAUCAGCGGAUACUAUUUCCCAUAUAAAAUCUUCACGUUGGGCUCAGAGAAAGUGGGUGUUGUCGGCUACACAUCGGCGGAGACGCCUGCUUUGUCUCUACCAGGCCCACAUCUGAAGUUUGAGGAUGAAAUCACGGCUCUACAGCCUCAAGUGGAUAAACUCUUGACUUUGGGUGUUAAUAAGAUCAUCGCUCUCGGACAUUCUGGCUUCCUAAUGGAUCAAAUGAUCGCGAAGAAGGUUCAGGGAGUGGACGUUGUGAUUGGAGGACACACCAAUACAUUCUUGUACACAGGAGAUCCACCGUCCACAGAAGUUCCCGCAGGGCCGUAUCCACUCAUGGUCAAGUCAGACGACGGCCGGCAGGUGCCUGUGGUCCAGGCUUAUGCUUUUGGAAAAUAUCUGGGAUUCCUGAAAGUGACUUUUGAUGCAAACGGAAAUGUGCUGGAGUCGACAGGAAACCCCAUUCUUCUGAAUAGUUCAGUAGAACCCGAUCCCGACAUCCAGGCUAAAGUGGACAGCUGGAGGAUGAAUCUGGCCAACUACUCCUCUCAGCAAGUGGGACAGACUCUAGUCUUCCUCAACGGCACCUUCGAGGAGUGUCGCUUUCGUGAAUGCAAUUUGGGGAAUUUAAUCUGUGAUGCCAUGGUCCAUCAUAAUAUUAAAUACGCUGACGAGCUCCAGUGGAACCAUGUCAGCUCUUGUAUUCUAAACGGUGGAGGCAUUCGGGCACCUAUUGAUGAGCGAAACAGAAACGGUUCCAUCACAAUGGAGGACCUGAUCGCCGUGCUGCCGUUUGGAGGAACAUUCGACCUGGUCCAGCUGAACGGAUCGACUCUAUUAGAAGCUUUUGAGCACUCAGUUCGCCGACACGGAGGAAACACUGGAGAAUUUCUACAGGUGUCAGGUUUUCAGGUGGUGUAUGACUUAUCGAAAGCACCCGGUAGCCGUGUUAAAAGUGUGAAAGUGCUCUGCACCCAGUGUCGAGUGCCCCAUUAUGAACCGCUGGUCCCCAACAAGGUGUAUAAAGUAGUGCUGCCGUCUUAUCUAGUGGACGGAGGAGACGGAUUCGCCAUGAUCAAAGAGAAGAAACUCAAACAUGACAGCGGUGAUCUGGAUAUAUCGGUUGUUGCUGGCUACAUCUCCGAGAGGAAGAGAGUUCAUCCGGCUGUGGAGGGACGCAUCCAGUUCAGCAGCUCCUGUGCUGGUCUUCGGGGAUACACGUCCACCGUUCUGCUGCUGUGGGCCGUCUGGCUCAUGCUUGUUUAGCCAGUUAACAUCAUUCUAAUGCACUUUGUACAACAUGUAGCCAUUUUAUGUGUGACUGUACAGUCAGAUGAGGAAAAAAGAAAACCUCUAGCCCAAAGAUGAGUUGUCUUCAUAGGAGUCGACUGAUAAUUAACACUGUGAUGUAGAACAGAUGGCCUAAAAUCCCUCUUCUUGUAAAACAAGAUCUUAUCAUUAGAGAAACACAGGGAUGGUUUCAUUAUACCUCUGUAUACAUGUAACACUCCAUCUAUGAGCGGGGAUCUAUUUCACGAGGAAUAAUCCAGGGAUCUGAGUUAUAAAGCUCUGCUUAGAAACAUUCCUACAAGUGAGCGUCUGCCUCAAUAAAUGUGUAUUUAUUUUGUUAAUGAU